AUGGCGACUUGCUUGGUUCCUGACUUCCCGGCUGUGAUGGUGGCUUUGGAGCAUUUAGGAGAAUUCGACAAGCAACUGAAAGAGGAAGGGGUACCACUGGAUGUUGAGGCCAGUCGUCAGCUGAAAGAGAUAACAGCUGCCAUCACUGAACUGGAAGCCUCAAGGCGUGCAGUCCGUGAGCAGUUAGAAGUGGAAACCAUAGAAAAUAGUAAACUUAGACACCAGGUUCACAAGUUUCGAGAGGGAAUCAUCAAAGAAGUCUUGGGUGAUAUAGCAGCAGCCAGGGAGUCCAAUGCAGAGGAGAUGGAACAGCUGCACAAUGACCUCAGUGCCAUUUCACAGCUACUGGAUGUCAUGUUGAAGAGACAGGUGGUACUCCACAGACAAAAUGCUGAUUUAUACCAAGAGAGAGGGCAUGUGCAGGCCGAACAUGAGACUGACAUUGUUGCUUUGAACUGUCAACUCAGCCAAAAAUUCAACAGCCACAUGCAAUUGAGCCAGUCUCUGAACCAUGAAAAAGAAUUAAAGACCUGUACUGCUACAGUGGAACAGAACCAUAAAACACUGCAACAAAACAUGAAACUAGAAAGGGAGACUUUCACCAUAACCAAGGACAGCCUCCUCCGUGAGGUAGACCAUAUUAUUGAGAGAAUUCGCCAGCAGAAGCAAGAGAAUAGAAGGAUGCAGAAGGAACUGGAAGUAGCUUACAGUCAUCAGCUGGACAAAGAUGGUCGCCUCAAAGAGUUCACCAAACACAAGGCUGAUUUGGAGUGCAGUAUAGAGAAAAGGUCUGCCUCUCAGGGCCACUGUGAGACACAGCUGAAGAAGGAGAUCCAAAAACAUCAAGAAAUAAAAAGACAAAGAAAGCUCUUAGAGAAGGAGCUGCAUGAGCUGAGAGAGUCAUUUAGUGUCACUAGUCAAUGUCUCCAAGAAAAUAUCAUCCUGGUAGACAAUGAGAUAGGGGAGACCCAGGCAGUGAAAAGGGUGUAUGAGGAUUCCCUUGUUAAAAUCACAGAGAGCUUCAAAUGUCAGCGCAGAGAAGAGGAUGAAGCUAGGGUUGAUCACCGCAACAUUUCACAACGACUGGAGCGACUUGAGGAAUGCAGACACUUGAUAGCCAAGGACCUCAUGGAGAUAAAAGAGAUGGACGAGGACGUCAUACAGCUCCAAGAAACCGGCAUCAUCAGUGAGUGCCUGUUUCAGAGGAAUAUUACUGAGUUGCACAGCCAAUUGGAUACUGAGAAGAGGAAUAUCACCCACGUUGAGGAGGAGAAGGGGCGGGUGAGUCGCCUUCUAGAGGAGACGAAGAGGGAGCAGGAAGAACAAGUGGUGAAAAUCUCCUCAGACAUUAGUGAAACCAAUAGGACAUACCAGGAACUGCGUGAAGAAGAAGUCAGACUCCUGCAGCAGAAUCAGACUAUGAGUUGUACCAUUGACACACUGACUAGCCAGGUAGCUCAGGCAGAAUUAGACUACCAUCAAAUGGAGCAUGUAUACAAUCAGGAAGUGGAACAAUACACUGCAGAGUCACAGCACAUUGUGAAGAGCAAGGAACAGAAGGAGAGGGAGAUGAGGGAGAAAGAGGCAGUACUGAUGGAGGUGGAGGCUCAGUUCAACCAGGACCAGGCCACAUAUCGGACACUAAAAGAACUCACCUCUGAUUUGAAGAGUAGGAAAGACCGGCUCCAACUGUCCAUUGAAGGGCUGAAGGACUAUACCGGCUCUCUUUUACAGCCCAAGGACCAGAUGAAGGAAGAGCUGAAAGCCAUGCGAGCACGUCACAUGGAGCUACUUGCUGAUCAGGCUUCGGAGCUGAGAGCCAUUGAGAUGAGUAUUUAUGAUAACGGGCUGAAACUGGAGCUGAUCGGCAUGGAAAACAGCAGGCUGCGUCAUCGUAUAGCACAAAUGAAGGAGGGCGUGUCCAAUGACAAGAAAGACAAAGACAGACACUUGCAAGAGAUUAACAGGCUCAGUAAGGAAAUAAAUGCCUUAUUCGAGCAUUUAGUGGAAUCCUGGAGACAAGACCUUCUGGUUACCCAUGAGUGUAGCAGCAGAGAUACCCUUUUGAUGGGGUCUAUAGUUUCUCUGAUAGACCAACAUCAGAUCAAGAGGCUUCAGCUAGGAAACAUCAACACAUAUCUACAGCAACAAGUGGUACAUGUCUGCCAGCUAUUUGACUUUAAAACACAACUUUAA